ACAGAAAACCGAUUAGUCUCACGAAUGACAGAAGAGUGACUCCUCCUGUGCCACCGCAUAAGUAAAAGUAGUUUGCUGCGAGUGUUAAAAAUUUGGAAAACUAUCCUCCAGAUCGGAAUUUUCGUCCCGACAGAACCAGAACCAGUUGCAUUUUGCUACCCCGAGUCGUUGUGAAAACAAUCCUUGCUAACGAUGUCUGCACCAGAAGGUACUUCGAAUGGUUUUCCUAAAUUACCACCCCCACCGACGGGCAGCACCCAACCGACCGGAAGCAACAACGCCGCCGGCGUCAACCGACUGCAGCAGACACAGGCCCAGGUCGACGAGGUCGUCGGUAUCAUGCGCGUGAACGUCGAGAAGGUGCUGGAACGGGACCAGAAGCUGUCGGAGCUGGACACGCGGGCGGAUGCGCUCCAGCACGGUGCAUCGCAGUUCGAACAGCAGGCCGGUAAACUCAAGCGGAAGCAGUGGUGGGCCAACAUGAAGAUGAUGAUCAUCAUGGGCAUCAUCGGAGUGGUUCUACUGAUUAUCAUCAUCCUUUCCAUCUAUUUUUAGUCCUAACCCCAGAGAAAAACAAAAAACAGCGUCCCUCGAUACUUUACAAAUAAAAAUGAAAAGAAAAACAUCAACGCACAUUUUUUUUGCCAGCAUUGACGAUCGAAAUCUUCGCUGGGAUUUCUUUCCAUCCACGAAUCAAUUUGAAAGAGAGAAGAAGAAAAAAAAACAGAAUCAUCUAUCGUCCUUUUAGACCGUAUUAUGAAAACUGGGAAAGAAGUGUAAUCCUCGGUCGCUAUUACCUAAAAUUAGGUUCCUUCUUUUCGUCACGGCAAGGGACAUCAUGUUUUCAUCAUAGCGAAUGGAAAGCCUUUGAAGUUGAUGGUUUAGAAAUCUCGUCCGUCUCGAAUAUAGAAUAUCAUCAUUAUCCUUUCCCAGCGCUUUUAUAGUAAUAAUUACCCGUCGGCAUUCAGUAUCUGGUGAGGAUGGACAAACAUGUUAUGCAAAUCGUUUAUUAUAUUCCUUCCCUUUCACGGAAACGGUUGGGGGGCCAUGCAUAUAAUCACAUUCACGGACUUUUAACAGAGUUAACACAAUAGAAUGCCACACCCGUUCUCGGCACAACCAGGUUGAUAGAACAAAAAAAAACAAUUUGCUAUUUGUAGACUUUUAUGUAAUUGUUAUA